AUGCAAGCAUUAUUAAGUGUUUAUAAUAAAACUGGUAUUGUUGAAUUUUCAAAAAUUCUUUCAUCAAAGGGUUUUAAUUUAAUUUCUACAGGCGGUACAUUCAAAUCAUUAGCUGAUAAUGGAUUAAAAGUUCAACAAGUUUCAGAUGUUACAGAGUAUCCAGAAAUGUUAGAUGGUAGAGUUAAAACAUUACAUCCAAAGAUUCACGGUGCUUUAUUGGCUCGUCCAGAACUUUCACACCAUCAAGCAGAUUUAACCAAAUAUAAUAUCAAACCAAUUAAAAUUGUAGUUGUAAAUUUAUACCCAUUUGUAGAAACCAUUUCAAAACCAGAUGUUACUCUUGAAGAUGCAAUUGAAAACAUCGAUAUUGGUGGUCAUACUCUCAUUCGUGCCUCAUCAAAGAAUUUCCAAAAUGUUUUAAUCAUUGUAGACCCAACAGAUUAUAAAUGGAUUGGUGAACGUAUCGAACAAACUGGUAUCGAAUCAAUUACUCUUGAAGAAAGAAAGAAAUUAGCAGUUAAAGCUCUCCAACAUGGUUGUCAAUAUGAUGCUGCUGUAACUCAAUAUUUAGCAGGUGUCGAAUUACCAACUGAAGCCAAAUCAAUUGAAAAUAUCAAGACCCCAUCCAAUGCAAACGUAGAGUUCCCAAAUACCUUUGUACCAUUAUAUGAAAAGAAAAAUGAUUUACGUUAUGGUGAAAACCCACAUCAAAAAGCCGCCCUUUACAGUUGUCCAAACAGUGGUGGUAUUGCAAAUGCUAAAUCAUUACACGGACCAGCCCUUUCAUACAAUAAUAUUUUAGAUGGUGAUGCUGCCCUUAAAGCCGUUAGAGAAUUUGCCGAUACUGCUUGUGUCGUCAUUAAACAUACCAAUCCAUGUGGUUUAGCUGUUCACAAAGAUCAAACUGAAGCCUAUAGACGUGCUUUUAAUGGUGAUCCAAAAUCUGCUUAUGGUGGUAUUGUUGGUUUCAAUCGUAAAUUAACCCUUGAAUCUGCCACUGCCAUGAAAGGUAUCUUUUAUGAAGUUAUCAUCGCACCAGAAUAUGACCCAGAAGCCUUAGCUCUUUUACAAAAAAGAGAAAAACUUCGUGUACUUUUAGUUCCAGAAGCCGCUACCCAACAAGCUUUCACCCAACCAGAUAUUCGUACCAUCACCGGUGGUGCUUUAUUACAAUCACCAAACCCAAUCGUUUUAGGUUCACUUGAAGAAGCCACUAAAAAUUGGAAAGUUGUUACUGAUGCCAAACCAACUGAACAACAAAUGAGAGAUCUCUUAUUUGCUUGGAGAGUUUCAAAACAUGUUAAAUCAAAUGCUAUCGUUCUUACCAAAGAUGAAACCAUUGUUGCCAUUGGUGCCGGUCAACCAAAUCGUCAUCAAUCAGUAGACAUUUGUAUGAAAGUAGGUGGUGAAAAAGCCAUUGGUAGUGCUUUAGCCUCUGAUGCUUUCUUCCCAUUUGCUGAUUCAAUUGAUUUAGCCCAUCAAGGUAAAAUUGGAUGUAUUGUUCAACCAGGUGGUUCCAUUAGAGACCAAGAAGUUAUUGAUGCUGCAAACAAAUAUAACAUCCCAAUGGUUUUCACUGGCAAUAGAAAUUUCUUACAUUAAUCGUCUAUAUAUCAUGUUAAAAAUAUUAAUUAAAUUUAAUAUUAAUAAAAAAUAAAAAAUAAAUUAAAAAUGC